UUCUGUUCCCCCACAAGUAGUCCUUUUUCAUUGCUGUUAGCCUGUGCCUAGGUGAUAGUCACAACUAUUUGUUGAGUAUUUAGUGAAUAUCAGGAGUGAGCUGGCUUCGGAAGUCACUCCGGGAAGAAUCUCGUGUGCGUAGAACAGUUUCACACAGUCCGAGCGCUUGAGGGAAGGGUGCAAGCGUAAUCCCCGUCCGCUGCCGCCACCGAACCAGGCAGCUCUCUCGCCCAUCUUAAUUCCGCGCCAAACGACCAAAGGGGUCUGAGCUGCAACUGGGCGUUUCAACAGCUAGCGUCCCCACCAAGAGAGCACUUUGAACUAACCUGUUGCUUCAGAUUCAGAUAAGAAAGCUGGGUAGAGAAGGGUCAAAGGCCUGCCCAAAUUCGGGAACUGGCGGCCAGGCGGAGUCAGCCUCCAGACGACCCAGACGUGGGCACUUCCGGGUAAACCUAACUUCCGGGUCCCAUUCCUGGCCGCUGACGACAUUUGAUGGCAAGCCCCGCCCUCCGCGGUAGAUGGUUGGCUAGAUCAGAGAUUUUUCCCUGUGGUGGCGGCCUUAGGGAACUUUGAACUCCAAUGCUCACUCCAGCCCGAGGACUUCCAGCUCCCAAUUGGACUGCUAGUUUCCAAUCCAAAGGAUCUCUGAACCUUAGUCUUCCGGCAGCGCUGGCCAUUGGCUGUUACGGUGAGGGCGGAACCUUAGGUCGUCCCGGGUACUCCUGCGGCGAAAGCCAAGGAUUAAAACGCGGCCCGGAAGCCGAGGGGCUUCAACUAGACCCCGAUCUUGUCGCCGCCCCUGCGGACCCCCUCCUCCUUCAGAAUGACGCUGGACGUGGGUCCGGAGGAUGAGCUGCCUGACUGGGCUGCGGCCAAGGAGUUUUACCAAAAGUACGAUCCGAAGGACGUCAUUGGCAGAGGAGUGAGCUCUGUGGUCCGUCGUUGUGUUCAUCGAGCUACUGGUAAUGAGUUUGCAGUGAAGAUCAUGGAGGUGACCGCUGAGCGGCUGAGUCCUGAGCAACUGGAGGAGGUGCGGGAAGCCACACGGCGAGAGACACACAUUCUUCGCCAGGUCGCUGGCCACCCCCACAUCAUCACUCUCAUCGAUUCCUACGAGUCUUCUAGCUUCAUGUUCCUGGUGUUUGACUUGAUGCGGAAGGGAGAGCUGUUUGACUAUCUCACGGAGAAGGUGGCUCUCUCAGAAAAGGAAACAAGGUCCAUCAUGAGGUCUCUGCUGGAAGCAGUGAACUUUCUCCAUGACAACAACAUUGUGCACCGAGACCUGAAGCCUGAGAAUAUUCUCCUAGAUGACAAUAUGCAGAUCCGGGUUUCAGACUUUGGGUUCUCCUGCCACUUGGAACCUGGCGAGAAGCUUCGAGAAUUGUGUGGAACCCCAGGGUAUCUAGCUCCAGAGAUCCUUAAAUGCUCCAUGGAUGAAACCCACCCAGGCUAUGGCAAGGAAGUGGACCUCUGGGCCUGUGGGGUGAUCUUGUUCACACUCUUGGCUGGCUCACCACCAUUCUGGCACCGGCGCCAGAUCCUGAUGUUACGCAUGAUCAUGGAGGGCCAAUACCAGUUUAGUUCACCCGAAUGGGAUGAUCGCUCAAACACCGUCAAAGACCUGAUCUCAAGGCUACUACAGGUGGAUCCUGAGGAGCGCCUGACAGCUGAGCAGGCCCUACAGCACCCUUUCUUUGAGCGCUGUGAAGGCAGUCAAAUCUGGAACCUCACACCUCGCCAGCGUUUCCGGGUGGCAGUGUGGACAGUGCUAGCUGCUGGACGAGUAGCCUUAAGUACCCACCGUAUACGACCGCUGACCAAGAAUGCACUGCUGAGGGACCCCUAUGCGCUGCGGCCAGUGCGGCGCCUCAUUGACAACUGUGCCUUCCGGCUCUAUGGGCACUGGGUGAAGAAGGGUGAACAGCAGAACCGGGCAGCCCUCUUCCAGCACCGGCCCCCUGGGCCCUUUCCCCUCGUGGGGACUGAAGAGGAAGCGGACUCCACUGCUGUCACAGAAGAUGAGGCUGCACUGGCGCUGAGCUAGCACCUCAGCCAUGAGAAGUCUCAGGAAGCACGACUCUCCAAAAGGAGAGUCUGUCAAGGUCUGGCCUCAGGACCCCCCUUGUCUAGCUAGGCCCCUCACUGAUCAGGCUACUGUAGAGAACCCCCCAGUAUACCUACCCCCUCAGGCCGAUACUUGCAGAUCAGAGCUGGAGUGGAAAGAAGCCACUCAGAAUACCAUGCUCAGCCUUGUCAGUACUGCGUCUGAAAUAAAAUCUGCUACACGCCAGGGAAA